GUCCAGAGAAGUCCGACGUGGACAAGGACGUAGACAGUAUGUGUUCACCUAGGAGGUGUAACGGUGCGGGGGCAAGGAAACCCUGCAAACACCAGGACAAGAGAGAGAAGAUGGAGAGAGAGAGGGAGGAGGUGCUGAAACGACAGGAAGAAGAACAGAACAAAGAGGAACAGGAAGAGGAUCUGACAGGUAGGGGGCUGUGUGAUUGGCUAGACAGGGCUCAGAUAGCUACUAUGUGAUUGGCUAGACAGGGCUCAGAUAGCUACUAUGUGAUUGGCUAGACAGUGCUCUGAUAGCUACUACGUGAUUGGCUAGACAGGGCUCAGAUAGCUACUAUGUGAUUGGCUAGACAGGGCUCAGAUAGCUACUAUGUGAUUGGCUAGACAGGGCUCAGGUAGCUACUCUGUGAUUUGCUAGACAGGGCUCAGAUAGCUACUACGUGAUUGGCUAAAUAGGGUGCAUGAUCACUCACUAACAACAGAUGAUUCCGAUGGCUCAGUUGAUUGUAUGACCAGUCAAUCCCAUGCAUUUUAGUAAUCAUUUAUCGUCCUGCAUGGCACUUUGCUUAUGGCCCAGCUCUGGCUUGAGGUAUAUGGCCCUAACCUGUACUCAUGCCGAAGAUCUUUUUACUCCUGUCUUUCUCAUGCAGUAGAUCUGGUUUAGCUAGCAACCAGACCUGGCCCCCUAAUUCCAAGUAGUCACUUGGCCACUUGAUAAGUGGUAGCCUUGUAGAUAUGGGCCAGAUUCAGACCAUUAGUAAUUUUGGUGUCUUCCUCCAUGUUUGUGACUGCCUCCCCCCUACCACAGCUCAGUUGUUCUUCGAGCCGGAGCCAGCAGGGCUGACCGUGGGGGUAGAGAUCCAGGACUUGGUCAAGGUGUUUCCUGGGGGCUCCCGUCCCGCCGUGGAUCACCUCAGCAUCGCCUUCUACGAGGGGCAGAUCACAUCGUUCCUGGGACACAACGGUGCCGGGAAAACCACCACCAUGUACGUACUGUACCUAAGCCUGGUCCUAGAUCUGUUCUAACGCUGUAGACUACAGGAGAUCUGCAGAGAUCACAACAGAUCUGUUCUGUUCUAACGCUGUAGACUACAGGAGAUCUGCAGAGAUCACAACAGAUCUGUUCUGUUCUAACGCUGUAGACUACAGGAGAUCUGCAGUAAUCCAACAGAUCUGUUCUGUUCUAACACUGUAGACUACAGGAGAUCUGCAGAUAUCACAACAGAUCUGAGACCAGGCUGCCCCAAACCACUACCUAGUCUGCAGAGCACUCAUUUUAUUUUCCUAAUGUUGUGGUGUAGGAUAUCAACUAUCCAUAUUGAAUUAGCCUAAAUGUUUGAAUACAGCUAUUAGCGAUCGAGAGCGCUAUCCAGAGAAAAUGUCUGUGAGGAAUAAAAAAAGGUGAUAGUCUCGUGACAGAAAUUGAGUUGCUGGUUAGUGUGCAUGCAAGAUUUGGUUCUGGGUGCCGAGAUUACUUAAUAGUGUUCAUGACAUACCAUCAUGCUCUUCUUAAUCGCAUGUGUGUGUUUGUUUGUGUGUGUGUGUGUGUGUGUGUGUGUGUGUGUGUGUUUGUGUGUGUGUGUUUGUGUGUGUGUGUGUGUGUGUGUGUGUGUGUGUGUGUGUGUGUUUGUGUGUGUGUGUGUGUGUGUGUGUGUGUGUGUGUGUGUGUGUGUGUGUGUGUGUGUGUGUGUGUGUGUGUGUGUGUGUGUGUGUGUGUGUGUGUGUGUGUGUUUGUCUCUACCAGGUCUAUCCUGACUGGUCUGUUCCCUCCUACAUCUGGAACAGCCUUUAUCAACGGGAGAGACAUCAGGACCGACAUGGACAGCAUCCGCACAUCCAUGGGCAUGUGUCCCCAGUACAAUAUCCUCUUCAAACAGUGAGUCCUCCUCUUCCUCCUCCUCCUCCUCCUCCUCCUCCUCUUCCUCCUCCUCCUCCUCCUCCUCCUCCUCCUCCUCCUCCUCCUCCUCCUCCUCUUCCUCCUCCAUGGCUCUGUGUCCCCAGUACAAUGUCAUCCAUAUACCCACUGGCACUUGCCAUAGAAACUUGAGUAGUCAGGUCAGGCAUAGGACUGGGAAAUUGAUGACAUAACAAAUUGAUGAAUGUUUGUUUCCUACAAUUAACAGUCUAGUCAAUUCAGCUGACUGACUGACAAACAUAUUUUCUUCUCUCUUUUUUUUGCUGUUGCAAGACAUUUGUUCACUGUCUGCUGUAGUGACUAACAACCUCUCCUGCCCCCGUCCCCGUCCCCGUCCCCGUCCCUGCACCCGUCCCUCCCCACUCCCUCUCUCUGUCCAGUCUAACGGUGGAGGAACACAUCCUGUUCUACUCCAUGCUGAAGGGCACGUCUCAGGCUGAGGCUCAACAGGCGGUCGAGGACAUGUUGGAGGAUCUGGGCCUGCCUCAUAAGAGAGACGAGGAGGCACAAAACCUCUCAGGUGGGUCACGCACAGAGCCUCUCAGGGGGGUCGAGGCACAGGACCUCUCAGGGGGGUCGAGGCACAGGACCACUCAGGUGGGUCGAGGCACAGAACCUCUCAGGUGGGUCGAGGCACAGAACCUCUCAGGUGGGUCGAGGCACAGGAUCUCUCAGGGGGGUCGAGGCACAGGACCUCUCAGGGGGGUCGAGGCACAGGAGCUCUCAGGGGGGUCAGUCAGGCUUGAAACACACUUGUGAGCAGAUACUGUUUCGAGGUCUUCCUUUUUCUUUGUCGAACCUUUGUUACUGCAAAUAAAUUAGCCAGGCCCUAGCAAUGACUCAGAUUUUGUAGUGUUUUACCCUACAUUGUCUCUUGUUUCUUGUGUUGCCCCUGAAAUAACGUCUCUUCUCACUCCGUGCAGGCGGUAUGCAGAGGAAGCUGUCUGUUGCUAUGGCGUUUGUUGGGGGGUCAAAGAUUGUGAUCCUGGAUGAGCCCACGUCGGGGGUCGACCCUUACUCCAGACGAUCCAUCUGGGACCUGCUACUCAAAUACCGCACAGGUACUACCCUAGCCACUACACCUGGUUUACAUCUGGGAGACCAUGUUCCGGCACUUCUCUGUGAGCAAUUCAGUGCCAGGCUGAAGAGAGAACCAGCAGACACUCAGGCCUUCAAGGACUGGUGUUUCCCAUCCCUGCUCCACCUUGCCUACAGAUAGCUUACAGCUUGAUUCCCUAUCCAAUCAACUCUCUCUAACCUCUGACCCCUCUCUCCCAGGGCGUGCAAGUGAUCCUGUCCUCUCACCUCAUGGACGAGGCUGACCUGUUGAGUGACCUAGCUCCUUGUCCUGACCUCUGACCUCUAACCUCUAACCCCAGGCCGUACAGUGAUCCUGUCCACUCACCACAUGGACGAGGCCGACCUGUUGUCUGACCGUGUAGCCAUCAUCUCUAAGGGCCAGCUCCACUGCUGCGGCUCCCCCCUCUUCCUCAAGAACUGCUUCGGAGUGGGAUUCUACCUCACCCUGGUCCGACGCAUGAAGGAUAUGAGGAAAAAA